AUGGAGUUUACUGAAGCUCACAAAUGGGCGAUUUUGGGUCCUGAUUUGAUAAGUGAUCUUCCUCAGAGUAUUAUAGAGAGUAUUCUGAUACGACUGCCGAUAAGAGACACCGUUAGAACAAGCAGUUUGUCAAGUAAAUGGAGGUACAAAUGGAAUGCCGUGACUAAAAUUGUGAUUGAUGAAAAAUGUGUUCCUUCCGGUAACGAUCGAACUAUUGUUGAGAAAAGCCUUAUAAAGUUCGUCAACCAGCUGCUAUUUCACCAAGGACCAAUUCACGAGUUUCAAAUUACAAAUCAUCAUACUUGCAAGAGCUGCCCAGAAAUAGAUCAGUGGAUUCUUUUUCUUUCAAGGAAUGGUUUGAAGGAACUGGUUCUUGAAUUAGGUGAAGGUGAAUGGUUUAGAAUACCAUCUUGUCUUUUCAAUUGUAAGAAAUUGACUCGCUUGGAGCUCUUCCGCUGUGAGUUGGAACCUCCCCUUACUUUCAAAGGAUUCAUGUGUUUGAAGACUCUCAUCCUGCAUCAAGUUCUGAUAUCUCCUGAUGCAAUUGAGAGUCUUAUUUCCAGUUGCCCACUUUUGGAGAGUUUAUCACUGUCAUACUUUGAUAGUUUAGCUCUUACUAUUCAUGCCUCAAAUCUCAGACACCUGUAUCUUGAAGGUGAAUUUAGGGAUCUAUGUCUUGAAAACACUCCGCUUCUGGUAGAUAUAUCUGUUGCUAUGUAUAUGACUGAUGACAUUGCUGAGCAUUUUGAGCAAAGUUCAAGUUGCAAUUUUACCAAGUUUCUUGGUGGUGUGCCUAAUCUUGAGAGGCUUGCUGGGCAUAUUUACUUUACAAAGUAUUUGAGCAUAGGCAAUGACCCAGGACAGCUUCCAGUAACGUUCCGCAAUUUAGAGACGAUUGAAUUAUAUCAAGUAAGUUUUGAGGAUAUGAAAGAGAUACUCGUGGUCCUUCGCCUUAUUACAAGCUCUCCCAAUCUAAAAGAGCUUCAAAUUUCAGGUUCAUCAAACAUACCAACUGCAACCGAUGCCCCGGAUUUGGAUUUUUGGGGUAAGGAAUGCCCUUCAGAUUGUGCACUUAAACAGCUUAAAGUUGUGAAGUUAACAGAUAUGUGUGGUGUACCUCACGAGAUGGAACUGAUCAAAUUUUUGCUUGCCAAUUCACCUGUGCUUGAAACCAUGAGCAUCGCACCGUAUUAUGUUAUGGAAAGUCUGUUCAAAAUGUUGAUCGAGUUGGUGAAAUUUCGACGAGCUUCUGCUUCCGCAGAAAUCAUUUUUGUCCGUGAUUAAAUUUGUGGACAAUCUUAUUAAAUGCAUUCUUUUUCUUCCAUAUCCCAUGGUUCUCCUUCUUUUCAACUGUCUUUCAUUUGGACGUUAGUUUCUUGUGUUGCAAGAAUUACCAAUUUCAAGGUCAAGCCAGAAAUAUAAGGUUGAUUUAAUGGAGAGCUCAACAGAGGUGGAGUUCUCUCACUGUGAGAUGCGUUGGCAGGUAAGAGACUUGAUUCAUUGGUUGGGUAUAUUAAGGAUAUUUCCACAAUGCCAAUUAAUUAGAGCACUUCAGAGUGGGGAAGAAUCAUGAUUGAUAUAUUUAAAACAAGCUUCAAAUAACUUUUUUCUACUUUUUUGGCCCUUUAUUUUUUAGGUAUCAUAUCUCGCAGAUUCAAUAUACUUGAUAUGACGCACGAGUAGAGUUUUAAUUAA